AUGUGCAGGUCCCGGCUCCGCAACACGGCGGGGGAUGCCCGGGACUUUGCUUUCGAGUACAGCCAGGCGGAGGCUCAGCCAUUACAGCCGUACCGCACCCGGGUUCAGGCUGACUUGGAGCGGGUGGCCAGGAGAGGUGGCCGCUGCAACUUCCUGGAGCACCCCUCCUACGUGGCCGGCUCCGUUCUGGUGCUCGUCCUGAACAUGGUGGUGGUCACGCUCGAGGUCACUGUGCCGGAGAUCCGAGAGGAGUGCCAGUGGCUGGAUCAGGCGCUGCUCAGCUUGUACAUCGUAGAGCUGGGCUGUCGGAUUGGCCACCUCGGCUGCCGCUCCUUCUUGACGGAGCAGGCUCUGGUGAUGGGGCUCGUGGAGGAGCGGACUUGCAAUCUCCUGGAUGUGGUCAAUGUCUCCGUCGGUUUGCUGCAGAUCUUCGUGUUGCCCUUCGUGUUGCCUCCAGCGCAUCUGCGCUACGUAGGCCUUCUGAGCUACCUCCGCCUGAUCCGCGCCCUGCGCCUGCCCUUGGGCUCAGUUCAAGAACUCGAGCUUCGGCUGGACCGGCGACGACUGGUUUCAGGAGGCGAUCCCCGUCACCCCGACGCCAUCACAGACGCCCCCGCUCCCCAGCCACCCCCCCUCGGUUCCGCAGCCCUCGCAGCAGUCCUGCUGGACGCCGACGCCAUCCUCAUCGUCGCAGUCCUGACCGAGGCCAUCCUCGCAGUCCUGAUCGAGGCCAUCCUCGCAGUCCUGAUCGAGGCCGUCCUCGCAGUCCUGAUCGAGGCCGUCCUCGCAGCCAUCACAGCCCUCCUGUCUUGUCUGCGCAGCGCAUCCAGGAGAUCAACAACGAGAGGGCCCGGCGCGGACUUGCAGCCCGACGGCCAGCUCAGCUACGCCGCAAUGCCCGCCGACCACCGCCAGGAGGCCUCAGCUGCCGGGCCUGCAGCCGUCACUGUGGUGGAUGAGGAGGACCAGCCGGAGGGCGAGCAGGAGGGCAAGCAGGAGGGCAAGGAGGGCAAGCAGGAGGGCGAGGGCCAGCAGGAUUCCAACCCACACUUUGACGAGUGGGCAGGAGGGUCUGGAGAUGAGGUCAUGCCAUCAGCCGUCUGGAGUCAGCAGAAUGGCGCCCGCUUCUUCGUGGGCGGGUUGAACAGCGGCACAGACUUGCCCAGGCUCCGGCGGCAGGGAGUGCGCCUCGUCGUGGUGUGCCUCGACCGCAUGCCUUACGAUCCGCCGCAAGUGGCAGAUCUCCGCUAUGUCCAGUGGAACAUCGGGUAUGCGCCGCAGGCCAAAUCGGCCUUCGACCAGCGCGUUCGCCCUGCGGUCAACGAGGCAGUCAUGGCUGGCCACGGGGUGCUCUUCCACUGUCGCAAGGGCAGGCAUCGCUCUGCCCUAGCAGCUGCAGUGGCCCUGAUGGUGGGGCUGGGCUGUCAGUUUCACGAAGCUGCCAGGAUGGUGCAAGACGCCCGUCCUUGUGCCCAAGUUUGGAGGGCCUACUCCACUGGCACUGCCCAGCGCUGGAUCCAGCUGAUCCAACGGGAGCACCAGAUUGGCACCCACGACCGCUGCUCGGGGCCCGAAGGGGAAUGCAGAGAGCGACGCGACACGCCUGACCGACUCCUCGCACCCGACUCCGUACCCGACGCGCCCGACGACGCGCCCGACGACGCGCCCGACGACGCGCCCGACGCUGCGCCCGACGACGCGCCCGACGCUGCGCCCGACGCACCCGACGCCGCGCCCGACGCUGGGCUGUGCCGCACCUGGGCGGAGGGGAAAUGA